AUGUUGUCUUCUAUGAUUCCCACAACCGUCCUCGCACUUUGCGCAACAGUUACACUCGCUGUACAAACGAUAGAAAUUCAAGGUUCCGAUUUCGUCAACUCUGUUACCGGUGAUCGAUUUCAACUUUUGGGUGUCGCAUAUCAACCAGGUGGAUCUUCAGGUUAUAAUCCUGCAAGUGGCGUUGAUCCUUUGAGUGAUGGGGCCGUUUGUUUGAGAGAUGCCGCUUUGAUGCAACAAUUGGGUGUUAAUGCUAUUCGUGUGUAUAAUGUGGAUGGAAAUCUCAAUCAUGAUGAGUGUGCGAGCAUCUUCAAUGAGGUCGGCAUUUAUAUGUUGAUUGAUGUUAAUUCUCCUCUGUCCGGUGAGAGUAUCGAUAGAAGCUCUCCAUCGACCACAUACGAUGUUUCAUAUUUGAACAGAACUUUCGCAGUUGUUGAGGCUUUCAAGGAUUACCCAAAUACUUUACUUUUCUUUGCUGGAAAUGAAGUUGUUAACGAUGAUGACACUGGAGGAACUGUUCCCCCAUACAUGAGAGCCGUUACUCGUGAUCUGAAGAACUAUAUCUCAAAGCAUGCUUCCCGCUCCAUUCCAGUUGGUUACAGUGCUGCAGAUGUUCGCGAUAUUCUCCUCGAUACAUGGAAUUACCUUCAAUGUACUACUACCGGAGAUGAUUCCGAUCCAUCAAGAGUCGACGUCUUUGCUCUCAACAGUUACUCAUGGUGUGGAGAUUCUUCAUACACUACUUCCGGUUAUGAUGUUCUUGUUUCGGAUUUCAGCAAUACUAGUGUUCCCGUUUUCUUCUCCGAAUAUGGUUGCAACGUUCCAGCUCCUCGUGUUUUCACAGAAGUUCCAGUCCUUUACGGUCCAUUGAUGACUCCAGUUCUUUCCGGUGGAAUGGUUUAUGAAUUCUCUCAAGAAACCUCAAACUAUGGAUUGGUUACCAUCAAUGAUGAUGGAUCUGCUCAACUCCUUUCUGAUUACAACACACUCCAGGAUCAAUUCAACACCCUUAACAUUACUAGCAUCCAAGGAGUCAAGGCACAAAACACCACUACAACCGCACCAUCCUGUGAUUCAUCCCUCAUCACUAGCACGACUUUUGCCAAUAACUGGACUAUUCCAGCUGUUCCACCCGGAGCUGAAGAUCUCAUCAACAACGGUAUCAAGAAUGCCAACAACGGAAAGAUUAUCUCGGUUUCAAGUACCAAGGUCACCCAAAAAGUUACUGAUGUUGGAGGAAAUACCAUUUCCGAUCUUGCCAUCACACCAUUAGCAAAUGAUGCAAGUAACACACCAUCCGGUGAAAGUACUGGCUCAAAUGCUACAUCCAGCUCUACAACUUCAUCUUCAUCAACUGCUACUGGUACUUCAUCCGCUGCUAGUUCUACAACUACCAAGAAAAGUUCGGCUAGAAAAAUUGAAGGUAGCAUGAUUGCUUUGGUAGCUGUUCUUGGUGUUGGAUUGGUCUUGAUCUAA